AUGGUCAAAUGGGGCCAAGAGGACUCAGCCUGGUUUGUGAAAAAGCGAGGUUGGACCAACAUCAAUAUCUGGCACUGGGCAGUAUGGGUUGCCACCAACCCGUCCAAGGGGAAGCUUUGUGAGAUCUUGGUGGAUGUUGUUGUAGAGAAGCAGAUCUUCAAACCGAAGCAAGUAGAAGGCAAGUCUUCCAGCAGCAGCCACAAAGGAAAGCCAAUUUUUUUCUAUGAGUGGAACACCAAACUGGGCUGGAAAGGUACAAGUAAAGAAUCUGGUGUGAAGCACAAAGGAUUGAUUGAAAUAACCAAUCUCUCUGAAGAAAAUGAAGUAGAUGACACUGAGGUGAAUGUGAGUAAAAAGAAAGAUGUUGGGGAUAUAUUGAAGGAUAUUAACAGAACCUCAGGUACCACCAUCAGGGAGGUCCCUGGAGAUUACCUGAAGCCACUUAAGACAGAAUUUACAAGGGGAAUGGUUUUACCAUUGAAAACUUUGGCAACUCAAGAAUUGACUGUUAAAAGGAAACUGAGCGAGAAUACCUUGCAGGCCUCAUCUCCAGUGACAUUGGGAAUAAGGAUUUCCAUUGUGGCACUACUCGUGAUGGAACUGUUACAGCUGUGCAGCGUCUUCACUGUGAAAGAUUUGGUACAAAAAUUUUCUGAAAAGGGAGGGAAAUUCUGA